AUGGGUAUAUGCAUAGACAAAGUAUCCCUCAGGAAGUUUAAAAAUGAGCUGAAUGGGCAAUUUGGUGGACGUUGCCACUGCGGGCAGUUUGCACCAGUUUCUGAUGGUGUUACACAAACAAUAUGGACCAAUCGCUGGAUUCUGGUGGGGCAAGCAGCACGUCGUCAGUGUAGCAUCACCCACCAUCUUCAGAAUCUGGUCCAAGUCUUUGGCAGACCACCGGAGCUGUUUAAGUUGCUUGAACCACUGAUCACGGCAGAUAGUAUCCAGUUCGCUAACUAUGAAGAGGGGAGAAGACGACGUCGUGUCUACGAUAAGGCAUUCAGUCACGCAGCCAUUAGCCAGUAUUACAGCUCAUUCCAGAAGGUGGCUGAGGAGGUAUCCUUGAAGUGGGCUGCGUCCAGUAACACUGAUGACCAAAUUCCACUUCAGAAGCACAUGAUAGACCUGGCAAUCAAAGCCAUUGCCCUGACGGCUUUUGGAGAAUGCUUUGAAGACAGUGAAAACAUUAACCGUCUACAGAAUAGCUAUGACCUGGUUUGGGAGGUGAUAGAGGAGUCUCUUACAGUGGGUUUCCCUGAGCCAGGAACUGACAGGUACAAAAGGUUUCAGACAGGGAAAUCUACAAUAUACAGAAUUGUUGAGGAGGUAAUUCAGCAUAAGCAGUUGGAGAGGGCAAGGGAUGACAAGGUUCUGUUCAUAGACUACCUCAUGUCCCUGGACUCGCCCAUCAACCUGGAUCGUGUCUUUGCCGACGGCCUCAGCUAUAUGAUUGGUGGGUUCCACACCACAGGAAACAUGCUGACUUGGGCUCUGUACUUCCUGGCCUGUGACCAAGAUGCUCAGGAAAAGCUGGCCACAGAAAUACAGACUGUGCUGGGUGGAGAUAAUGUUAACCCUACAAACAUCAACAAUCUGACAUACCUUCGCCAAGUUCAAGAGGAGACACUGAGGUGCUCAGUUGUGGCUUCCUGGGCUGCUAAGUUCCUUGAUGAUGACGUGGAGCUGGGGGGAUACCUCAUACAGAAAAGGACCCCAAUAAUAACUGCCCUGGGAGUCAUGUUACAAGAUGAGAAGUACUGGCCAGACCCUACAAGAUUUGAUCCGGAGAGAUUCAGCGCAGAAAACAUGAAGAAGCGGCAAGGUCAUGUGUUUUCUCCGUUUGGUCUGGCGGGGAAGAGGAUUUGCCCCGGUUACAGAUUUGCUUACGUGGAGACCGCCGUUGUCCUGGCAACGCUAGUUGGGAGGUUCUGCUUCAAGCUGGUUGAAGAUCAGAACAUAAAGCCUGUCUUUGGACCUGUGACUCAUGUCAGUGAGGAGGUGUGGAUUAAAGUUGCUAAGCGAUGAGGUGGCAAUGAUUGACAGCUGAACUUGAUACAGGUAUAUAUUCAUGUAUCUGACUUGAAAAAAGUACUAUAUAUUCUGUUUAAAAGAUAAAUGAAAGAAUAAAAAUGGUGAUGGUAAAUGUUGAGUGUGUAAACUAAUAAUACAGAAAAGAAAAAGUUUACUUAUUUAGGGGGAAUAUUAAUUAGAAUGCUUGUUGAUACAUAUUUUCUGUCAGAAUUAUUUCUAUAAGUGAUGCAAAAAUCAGGCGACUAUCACAGGUCUACAAUUAUAUACGUGUAUACACUGCCGAAACCUGUCUCCACAAUCUGAUUUCUUGUAUUGGUUUAUCGAAUUCUAACUGGAAGAACAUUAUUUUAUACAAGCAUAAAGCAAAAUUAUGCUUCACGAACCCUUUAAGUCAUAAGUUCAAAUUUGUCCUAUUGGGUAACCAGCUGAAAACAGAACAAACUGUGCUUUAAAAGCUGGAUUCACAGGCCAUGAUUUGUUCAUAUUUACAAAUCAUAAUAGUUUUCUUCUGGUUUUAAUUUGACAAUUCAGCCAAUACAGCAAGUCAGACAGCUUAACUGUUUUAUACAUGCUGCUUAAAAGUGUAAAUAUAAUAAAGUAAUCAAGUAUUUUCUGAGAGGUUUGGGGAAAGGCCGCAAUUUACAGACUAUUUUCUAAAUGUUAAUUAUUGUCCACUUUGUAUUAACAUGUUUUUGAAUCAUAAUUGUCAACUUCAAAUGGUCCAUUCAUUUAACACAGGGCCUUCAUGCACACUGACAUGAACUUUGAAUAUAGCAGCUGUCGCAAAGAUGCUUUGGUUUCUGUCUCGUAUAAAUAAUGUCUUGAACGGCUGAGUUUCAUUCUUGGUAAAAUUAGUUUUUAUGAAAAACAAGUUUACGAUAAAUAAAAAGUAAUUAAAUUCUGUUUGUGAAAUAAUGUUUUGAAAAACUGUGUACGUUCUUACACAGAAAGUUGUUUCCAUAAAAUGGUGAUAUAUUUUCUGCUUUUAUACAUUUUAUGAAGUGCCAAUUCCUUACAUGAAAUGAUUUAUGAAACUGUCAGUUUGUAACAAAUAGUGCUUCCUUUUUUUUAAACACCACAGAAAAAUGCCUUAUUUUGAGCCAAUAUAACCGAGAAUAGUUUCAGAGAAUAAUUCGUUACAUGAAAUAAAAUUCUGUCAAACUGUGUCAGUUUGUAACAUUUUGUGCCAUAAUAAACAUUAUGAUAAUAUAAUUAUAAUAUACAUUAUACCUGAUGACAGAUUGUGCCAAUUCCGUUCAUGUUUGGCAGUUUCUGACGACAUCAUCGUAGUUAUUUUUGUACCACAGAAAAAUGCUGUAUUUAUGUUACUUUACAGUCCCAAAAACGAUUUCACACAAAAAUGAAAAAUUUCGUUCCAGUAUAGAUUUGAUCAAGUGCUAAUUCCACAUGUGAAACCAUAUUUUGGGAAACUGUGUGAGCUCGUAAAAAAUGGGGCUACUUUUUUUUUGUACCACAGACAAAUGUUUAUGUUUACCUCACUUAUUACCGAGUGCUAAUUAUAAUUCCCGACAAUAUUACCGAUCAUUACACUUUUUAUUAAGUAUAUACGUGGAUGUACUUAAAAGUAAGGCAGAUGGUUUUUAAGUAGAAAAUAAUAUUAUGUGGAUGUAUACUCCAGAAUAUAGAUGUGUUAUGUGUAGCAGCAAAGUUUUAACAUAUGCAAUUAAUAAAAUGUUAGCAUAUAAAGCUCACAGUUUAUUAACCAAGAUGUUGUGAAGCUCUCAAUAAAGCUACGUGUUGUGAAGCUCUCAAUAAAGCUACACGAACUUCAGGAAAUCUGACAACGAAGGAGUCCCAAGAGUGCAUGUACGUGUAAUGUGCCUCCUUGUUCUAAUUGUAUCUGAUGCUGCUUCACUGAGACGACUUACCAAAAU